CAAUAAUCAAUGAUCAAGUAACUUGAUAUAAAAUGAAUGAACGACAACGUUUGAUAUGUUGGACAUUAACGUCUGGAACAAUUGCAAUUUUAAUUCUCAUAGUUGUUACUUUGGAGUAUCCAAUGUUAACUCAUUCAAAAAAUUCAGAGCCUCGAGUGGAACUUUUACAAGCUGAUGAAACAUUGAUAAACAAUUACAAUCAAAAUAAUAAACCAGUUUUUACGAAUUGUAAUAAUUAUCAUCCUUCUAUGAAUGAAGGAGAACGACCUGGCUAUCCAGUCAUACAAGUACAAGCUGUUGAUCCAGAUCCAAUAGAUCAAGGAGGCAAAAUUACAUAUAGUCUUCUAAAUAAACAAGUAGAUGAGGAACUCGGUUUUGAGAUAAACAAUAAGACAGGAUGGAUCAGCACAACAGAGACAAAGCCAACUUCUAGAAAAGAAGCUUGGUUGACUGUUGUUGCAACUGACAAUGGAUAUUAUCCAUCGUCAAGUGAAUGUUCUUUCAAAAUCACUAUUAAAAAAAAAUACUCAUUUGAUAAAAUGAAAUAAAAAAUACUAAUGCCAAAAAAAUUAUAAAUAAUAAAAAAAUAACUUACAAAUAAAUAAAGAAAAAUAAUUAAUUUAUUUUUUUGGUUUAUAAACUUAAAUACAUUUUGUAAUUAUUUAAAUUAAUUUAAAUCAAUUGAAAUCGAUUGUUAUUACAAAUUAAUACACACUUUUUUUUAAUAAAAAUAUUUUUAUAUUAAUGAAUUGAUAAUUAAUUAAUUAUUUAUUAUUAUUUUAGACUGAGAAGUUUAAUUAUUUCCUAAGCUUUUGUAUUAGCUAAAUCAUCUUCAAUAAUUUUUUCAAGUUAUUAUCUUUACAAGUUAUAAAAACAUAUUGUUAUUUAAAUUUUUUAUAAAUAAAAUUAUCAA